UGCUAUUUGACCCUAUGAGUUAGUUCUCUUUUCUAGAAUUAUUAUCUUUUAAUUUUUUAAGUAUGGGUUGUUUGAUGAAAUUUAUGUAACAUUUGGACGUUGGAGUAUUAUGAGUAAGAAAUAUAAUAAGUACUAUUUGAGGAUGCAAUAGUUAAAUAAGCCUAAAAUUAACUGAUUCAUCAUAAUAAAUAAAAGAUUAACUUAAAGCCGCAGCCCGCAAGAUUACAUUGAAAAAUAGGUAGAUAGGACCCUAUAUUUUGUGGCGGUUUGGCGUAUUGGAUUUUGCAUCUUAUUUCUUGAUUCUAUAUUUCUAAUUUUCUAUCCAACUUUGAAAAAUGUGAAAUUUUAACAUACUAAAUGGAGUUCAUUUUAGUUCAUUUUUCACCGUACAUAUAUACUACUAUCAUCCAUUGUAAUAACAAGGUCGAAUUAUCAACAAAUAUACUCCAUAUUUAAGAGUUUUAGUAGUACAUAUAGUUUAAGGAAAUAGGAUUUGUACAUGGAUGACUCUCUAAAGUAAAAAGAGUCAGAUUUGAUAUGAUUUUUCGAAGAUUUCACUAUUGCAACUUGUGGUUAACUACUCCUUUUUAAUUCAUAAACUAUAAUUAAGUCCAUGAUUAUGCCACCAAAUUUUCCCAUUUGUUGGUUUGUACUUGUAGCCAUACAUAGAGAUAUGGGAAUUAUUGAUUUUGUGAUCUGAAUUAUUGAUUAUUAAUUGUACUAUCAAACAUGAUGAGAUUUUAAUAUUUAUUGUCACGUGGACAUGUGAUGUGUUGUUAUCAAUAAUUUUAUCACUCCCACGCUUACAUGAUUUGUGGGCUUCUUUUCCUAGUUAUGAUACUGUGCCAUUUUGUGUUCAACUUUUUAAAGUCAAAUGAAUAAAGUAGAGCAUUCCAUAGAAGUGUCGAUUGGACCAACAAUAUUUUACUGUAUAGCAAACCUCCAUUUAACAUGUGAAUAUUUGAAUAUUUUGAGGUAAUCAAUUAUACCUCAAAUCCUCAAUACAAUUUUGGUGACUAGAAGUUUACAAGAGAUUAACUUCUACAAUGCCCAAAUAUUUUAGGUAGGGGGAUGGGAGAAUUUCUGUUCAAAGUUGAAACUCUAGUAUGUUGUAUUCUGAACUAUAAGUACUUCCUCACCUCCAGAAAAAUAUACCAUCAAUUUUUUAUUUGUCACACCUCAUUUUCUGAAAAAUAAAUCAUUAUUAAUACAUUACAUUUUUUAAUGCUCAUUAUUAAAUUCAAUUACAUUUCCACUAUAUAUUUUUAAUGCUCAUUAUUAAAUUCAAUAUAUUUUCACUAUCUAAAAUUCGGUGAGACCUAAAAGUGUAGUAUCUUUUUUGGGUUAGAACUGAUUGAUAGAUCUUAGGCUUGAAUCCAUGAUGUUGCAAAACCUAAAGAUUGGACUUGGUGAAUAAAGCGAGGGACACUGAGAGCACUCCAAUCCCAACCGAAAUGGGAGCACACAACAACGGCGAUUACAUAGGAAUCAACAUAACACCUUCCCCUCCAUCAAAUCAUCACACCCACCGAAAAGUAUCAAUGAUACCUCUCAUUUUCUUGAUCUUCUACGAGGUGUCAGGAGGCCCCUUCGGCAUCGAAGACAGCGUCGGCGCCGCCGGCCCCCUUGUCGCCCUAGCCGGCUUCCUACUCUUCCCACUAAUCUGGAGCGUCCCAGAAGCCCUAAUCACCGCCGAGAUGGGCACAAUGUUCCCCGAAAACGGCGGCUACGUCGUCUGGGUGUCCUCCGCUUUAGGCCCUUUUUGGGGCUUCCAGCAAGGCUGGAUGAAGUGGCUUAGUGGAGUAAUCGACAAUGCCCUUUACCCUCUUUUGUUUCUUGAUUAUCUCAAAUCAGGAAUCCCUGCAUUGGGUGGCGGUUUGCCUAGGGUUAUGGCCGUCAUUGCCUUGACAAUUUUCCUCACUUAUAUUAAUUACAGAGGCUUGACGAUUGUGGGAUGGGUUGCUGUGGUUCUUGGUGUUUUCUCUGUUCUUCCAUUUGUGGUGAUGGGCUUGAUUUCAAUCCCUAAAUUGGAGCCCAAGAGAUGGCUUGUUGCUGAUAUCCACAAUGUUGAUUGGAAUUUGUAUCUGAAUACUCUGUUUUGGAAUCUCAACUAUUGGGAUUCGAUAAGCACUCUUGCUGGUGAGGUUGAGAGCCCGAAAAGGAACCUUCCGAGGGCUCUGUUUUUCGCUCUGCUUCUCGUUGUCGUCGGGUACUUCUUUCCCUUGCUAACGAGCACGGGAGCGAUCCCCUUGGACCGGGAGCUGUGGACUGAUGGGUAUUUUUCGGAUGUGGCUAAGAUCAUCGGUGGCGCGUGGCUGAGCUGGUGGAUACAGGGGGCUGCAGCGGUGUCGAACAUGGGGAUGUUUGUGGCGGAGAUGAGUGGGGACUCAUUCCAGCUGCUCGGGAUGGCGGAGAGGGGGAUGCUUCCGGAGGUUUUUGCUAAGAGGUCGCGUUAUGGGACUCCCGUGGUGGGGAUACUGUUCUCUGCUUCUGGGGUGGUUUUGCUGUCGUGGCUUAGCUUUCAGGAGAUUGUGGCGGCGGAGAACUUCUUGUAUUGCUUUGGGAUGAUACUGGAGUUUAUAGCGUUUGUGAGGCUGAGGGUGGUGGCGCCGGGUGUGGCCCGUCCUUAUAGGAUCCCGGUGGGGACGUGGGGGGCUGCGGCCAUGUGUGUGCCUCCCACUGUGUUGAUAUGUGUGGUGUUGGGAUUGUCGUCGCUCAAGGUGAUGGGGGUGAGCCUCGUCGCGGUUGCGCUGGGGCUUGUGUUGCAGCCGUGUAUCAAGCAUUGUGAGAAGAAGAAAUGGCUUAGAUUUUCUACUAUUUCUAGUCUUCCGGAUAUUCAUCGUGAGAAUGAGACGUUGAUCCAGUGAAGAUUGAUGAUUCCUAGUUUAGGUGAGACUAGAUACUUGUCACAGCACGUGGAAUUUUGUACAUGUGACAUAAUGGAAAUUAAAAUGAGAAUAUCUGUUUAUUAGUUA